GUGUGGAGCGCGCGUGUGUUGUGAAAGUGGGUGUCGCUGUGCACGCUGUUGGAGGAGCUUCACAUCGAUGUGUCGAUGACUUUAAACGUACCGUAGUCUGCAAACACACCGUGUCACGCAGUGGCUCAGAAAGAGAGAGAGAGAGAGAUUGCGCCGGAUCCCGCGCUGCAAUACUUCUGAUACAAUGCAUCCAACCGCUUACUGUCCGAUACAAUGUAUCUGAUUAUUUACUCUCACCGCGCGCUGUUCUGACCGCGGUGUGUUUUUAUGGAGACAGUGUAUCGGCGUCCUAAAAAACAGUCAACCGGGAAAUGGUAACACAUGAACCUUCUCACUGGAAGGAACAUGGUUGAGAGGAGCAGUAAAUUUCUGUUCGUCGUUGUCUGCUCGGUUCUGUUCAUGCUGAUUCUGUAUCAGUACGUGGCCCCGGGGAUGAUGAACUUCGGAUCUCCGCACGGUUACGCGCUGGAGGACGAUGCGGAUCUCUUCCCGACCCCCGAUCCACAUUACGUGAAGAAAUUCUACUUCCCCAUCCGAGAUCUGGAGCGCACUGUGGAUUUUGAAAUCAAAGGGGAUGAUGUGAUCGUCUUUCUUCACAUCCAGAAGACCGGGGGUACCACGUUCGGCAGGCAUCUGGUCCAGAACGUCAGGCUGGAGGUGCCGUGCGACUGCAGACCCGGUCAGAAGAAGUGUACCUGUUACCGACCCAAUAGGAAAGAGACGUGGCUCUUCUCUCGGUUCUCCACCGGUUGGAGUUGUGGCUUACAUGCGGACUGGACCGAACUCACCAACUGCGUACCGGGUGUUUUGAAUAAAAAGGAGAACAGGAUGAAAAACCAAAGGAAGUUCUACUACAUCACGCUGUUACGAGACCCCGUGUCUCGCUACCUGAGUGAGUGGAGGCACGUCCAGCGCGGAGCCACGUGGAAAACCUCCCUGCACAUGUGUGACGGGCGAACGCCCACGCCCGAGGAGCUGCCGCCCUGCUACGACGGCACCGAUUGGUCGGGCUGUACGUUGCAACAGUUCAUGGACUGUCCUUACAACCUGGCGAACAACCGUCAGGUGCGCAUGCUGGCCGACCUCAGCCUGGUGGGCUGCUACAACAUGUCCUUCAUCCCGGAGAAGAAGCGUGCCCAGGUAUUGCUAGAGUCGGCCAAAAAGAACCUGCGAGACAUGGCCUUCUUCGGUUUGACCGAAUUCCAGCGCAAAACGCAGUACUUGUUCGAACGGACCUUCCGCCUCAAGUUCAUCCGUCCUUUCAUGCAGUACAACAGCACGCGGGCCGCCGGCGUGGACCUGGACAACGACACGAUCCAACGUAUCGAGGAGCUGAACGACUUGGACAUGCAGUUGUACGACUACGCCAGGGAUCUUUUUCAGCAGCGGUACAUGUACAAGCGGCAAAUUGAACGAAGAGAGCAACGUCUAAAAAACCAGCCUCUUUUUCAUUUUCGCCGGACGCCCUACGACGACCCUACUUCCAGGGACGACGGGCCUGAGUCGGAAGGUUCGCGCUUGCCUACGGAGGACUAUAUGAAUCACAUCAUUAACCGUUGGUAGCAGUGUCGGGGGGAGGGGGAUGGAAAAUCCAUGAGGAAGAGGCUGCGGUCCCCAGGUCAGGUCACGAGGGAGAAGAACACAGAGAUGGAGAAAGAGACAGAUCUUUAGCGCCACCAUCUUGUCCUUUGACGUGUCAUAUACGGCCCUCCCCCCUACUGUUGCGCUUUAGGAUGUCCUUUUGAGGACUACAAAAGCAGGAAACGGUGCCGAGCGAUCGGGUGCCUGAUGUCAGAAAUGUGACUGAAUAACUUAAAGCACUGAGCCUGGACUUAGAUACUUAAAGUGGGUAUGAUCACCCAUCGAAGAAAACAAGCAACAUAGAUUAUGGCAAUUAUAUUCACUGCAGAUUUUAAAUAAUGAACAGAAUUGAAUUGUAUAGAGGUACAGUAUUUGCCUAAAUGUCUGCCGCCAUUUCAGCAAUGAAUUUGUGACGAUGUCUCUUUUUUUUGUCUUAUUUCUUUUCAUUGUGUUUUUUUAAGGAAUUUUAUCGUCACUUAAAGAGGUAAACUCACAGCACUGAAACCAACAGAGCUGCCUAACUCUUACUGGAUGCAAUUUAUUAGCUUUUCAUAAUCGUUGAUGACUUGAAAAGGUUUGUUCUGUUGGUUUUUAUUCAUUUUAAUGGACAGCGCUUGGACCAUAGCCAUUUUUUAAGCUUUCAGCAUACCGUACGAGAAACCGGUGAGCUAGGUGUACUAAUAUAAUCUUACCGAAUGUGAGAUAUUUAAUGCGUCCGAUCCGGCAGGCGUCUUAUUGGCCGAGACAAAAUCUAGGUUGUCAUGACAUCAAGCUCACGCAGCGUCUCAGUAGCUGAUUUAUCUUAUGCUUAAAAUGGAAGCUCGUGGAGACCCAAAGAGGAAAUUGUGUCUUAUUUUACACUUAGUGGGGAGGAUUCUGUGUUUCUAAGCGGGAAGAAGCGGUGUGCUAUAUGGAGAUGAGACUCUGUAAUGACGCCUGUAUGUCAGUCAAUAACAGGAGCGUCGUGGAGUUGCAUAUGAAUGUGAGAGACCGAGAGAGUGCUUACGAAAACCCAAAAGCUGAAGAUGGCAAACGCAGCCUUUAUAAAUGUCACUAUCAUUCCCAGAAGACUACUCAUUAUUUUGUAUGCGUGUGGAUAAAAGAUGUUUGUGUGUAUAUAGAGUAAGUGUUAGUAUGCAAGUGUAUUAUCAGAUUUUGAAGCCCUAUGAAUGUGUGUGUGUGUUUCAUGACCAAUCUCUUGCCAUGGUCCUCAGGGACUAAAAUUAUUGCCAGUAAGGGGACUAGAAAGAUGGUACACGUCUCCCAUUAUGCAAGUCUUUGCUAACACUGUUUUUUUUUUUUGUUGUUUUUUGUUAAAGGAAUAGUUUAUGUCGCUCCUGUCUGUACAGUGUAAGUGAAUGGGGACUGGGGCUGCCAAAAUUUCCAAAAUUACCAAAAGAGCAUCAUAAGUAUCAUUCCAAUUCUUGAAUGAGUAAAUGAGCGUAUAGGUAACUACAAAAGGAUUACAUUAUUGGUGCAUCUUUUGUCAUUUUAAUACCUUGACUGCCCCGUUCCCAUUCAUUUUCAGUGGUAUCUCUUUUAAAAGAAUGUCAUUGGGUUUGGAACAAAAUCAUUUUUGGGUAAACUAUUCCUUUAAAUUUACAGCUAAGCGCCAGAUCAAACAAUAUGUGAAUAAGAUAUCAGGAAGAUUUAGCCCACUGGAAAUGUAACCAUCCUGUAUAACUGACAUUAAAGUUUCUGAGGGACAUCUUUGCUUCUACUUAAUGCUCUGCAAUGGGAAUUGUUUUCUCAGUAACCAUAAAAACAGACUACUUUUCACUUACUGCAUAUUUAACCAAGCCUAGAGUGUUAUGUUAUACAGAAACAAAUGUCUUACCAUGAACCUUCCAUAAAUUCAUGAAUGAUCUUUAACAAGGCAGCCCUGUAUUGAUAUCUUUCAAAGUGAUGAUAUUGUUUCUGUCAGCUGAAAAUAAUUGGAAGAUGCAACCCUCUGGGCAAUUGUGUCACUGCAAAACUGACUCGAUUUUAUCUUAGGUGACUAGUUAGGUGACCAAGUGUUUCUCAGUCUUAAAUCAAUGUCCAACCAAUCAGAGUGGAGAAUUGUUGCAUUUUAAAAACGGUCAUCUGAGCCAUCAGAGUCGAGUGGUAGCCCAAAAACAUACUAUAUACUGUACAUGAAUGCAGACGUAUAUGCUUGACCGACAUAUUGCACAAUCCUUAAUUCAGUCAAGGGACAUAUAGAGUAACGUCAAGAUGUUUGUGCUAUUAAAAUGGAAGUGCUAACACUUCAACAGUUUAACUACCUGCUCCAGUUGGUAAAAACUUUCGGUUGCUUAGCCUUGACAUUAGAAGACGUUAAAGUCCCCAUGAAAUCAAAAUUACAAUUUUCUUUCCUUUUAGUAUAAAUGCAUUAGGCUUAAGGAUAUCAACUGGUGGUGUCCAAAAUGCUGACAAAACUUGCAUACAGAAGAUAUAAGCAUUUAAAACUUGUUUGGCACGUGCGCUAAAAAAAGUCUAGAGUUUACAUCAGCUUUUGAUCAAAUUUCCUGUCCAAUCAAAUGCUUUCUCAAGCGUCCCUUCCCCUACAUUGCCCAGACCAUAGAUGUGUAUAAUAAAGGCUAGAUGUGUUACGGCGGAGUCUCUAACGUCAUCACCUGGCGGCCAUCUUACCACAUGCAGCUCGCUCACUCGUAGCAUUGAGUUUUAAUGGUGCAGGUACUUUUAAAUGACCAUAACUUGCUCAAUUUUCUACCAAUUUCUACCAACGGUUUGGUUUCUUACAAACGUUAUUAACAAGGCUAUAAUUCAGGAUGCUUUAACAUGUUUCAUGUUUUUUUUUUUUUUGUAUAAGUAUGGCAAGUAUAGGUAUAGGUACAUCUUUGAUGUUUAUAACAAACCAAACCGGUAGAAAAUUAAGCAAGUUAUGGUCAUUUAAAAGUACCUGCACCAUUAAAACUCAAUGCUACGAGUGAGCGAGCUGCCUGUGGUAAGAUGGCCGCCAAAUGCAGACGUUCCACUCAAUUGGCCAGCAGCGCGGGCGAGACAUCUAGCCUUUAUUAUACAUAUCUAUGGCGCAGACCCUCCACAUUAAAUCACUAGCGCCUGAAAUGAGGCACUUGUGAAUAUGUUUACUAGUUCUUAUGUGGGGGAAUGGUAUAUUUUGCACAUGUAGGGGAUAAGAAACUAUUCAGACUGUGUAAAUAUACUUUUCAGUAAGGUGAAUGAAGUCUGAUAUUGUGUUACUUCAGUCCAGCCCGAUAGCACAGAGCGGAUCAUAUGCACCCAUAUGUGCCGAUAACAGUGAGGAGGAGAUCAAACAUCACAAACGGUUAGACAGGCUUGAUAGAGAAGAUAAACACCACUGCAUACACACAAACAUAAAUUGCACAAUAUUAUUAUCAUUCGUAUUAUAUGUCUAUAUACAUCUGUGGAGGCUUUGCUGGACUAUGCCAUAAACAAAACGCUGUAGAGACAGAGCGCAGUGCGUCAUAACCUGAAAACCACACCCACCGGGGGGGGGGGGGACAAUCCGACCGU